ACGCGACGAAAAGCCACGCAUCGGGAUUGCCUCUCCAAGUUUUGGAGCCUCGUAUUGAGGUUUCUUUGAAUCGGGAUCGGGCGCCUGUAACUUUCCUCCGUAUUUGCUACCUAUCGGGUUUUCCAACCGUUCCGAGAGCAUUCGCGGCUAAUAAUGGCCAGCCAAAUAGUUCCGUCUCUCCUAACGAAGGAGGAGCUGGCAUCCGACCCGACAGAACUGUUUACCGUGCUCGGAAAAUUGGGCGAAGGGUCGUAUGGCUCUGUCCACAAAGCGCUUCACAAACGUACUUCAACCGUCUGUGCCAUAAAGUUAAUCCCAGCGGAAAAUGACCUAGAUGACACUGUCAAAGAAAUUAACAUCAUGAAUGGCUGCGAUUCGAGCUAUGUUGUGCAAUUUUACGGCAGCUACAUCAAAGAAGGUUACCUUUGGAUAGUGAUGGAGUAUUGUGGUGCAGGGUCUGUCUCAGAUAUAAUGCGAAUAUGUGGACGAACGAUGACCGAAGGCCAAAUUGCGGUCAUUUGCCGAAACGUACUGGAAGGCUUAAAGUAUCUGCACGAAAGGAGGAAGAUUCACCGAGAUAUCAAAGCUGGGAAUAUUUUACUAAAUACGCAAGGCGAAGCAAAACUGGCGGAUUUUGGCGUUGCGGGACAACUGAGCGAUAAUCAAGCAAAGCGAAACACAGUGAUUGGAACUCCCUUCUGGAUGGCGCCGGAAGUCAUUCAGGAAGUGGGUUAUGGUGUAUUGGCGGAUAUAUGGUCACUGGGGAUCACAUGCAUAGAGAUGGCAGAGGGAAGACCACCGUACCAUAAAAUUCACCCGAUGCGCGCAAUCUUCAUGAUACCAACGAAGCCGCCACCAAGAUUGCAAAAUGAGGACAAAUGGUCGAAGCAGUUUAUAGACUUCAUCGCCCAAUGUCUGACCAAAAACCCAAGUGCGCGACCUAGCGCCGAGCAACUCUUGCAGCACCCGUUUAUCACGGAGGCUCCUGGAAUAGCGGUUAUGAGCGAAACUGUGUCAGAGGUGAUGGAUUUGAUUGCAAAGGGGGCUUUGGAUGAUGACGAAAGCGAUGCCGAGCAGUCUGAUGAGGACGCGAUCCCGGUAGACACGGUCCGUCUUGAUCAUGCUACCAUCAAACAAGCCCGGCCGGGGUCACCACGACGUGCUUUUGACGAAUUGCCUACCGUCGGACCCCAAGCAGCAGCGAGAAGGGCAGAAGAGGCAAGACGUCACAGUGGUGGAGAAACAAGUGAAGAAGACGAAGACUCGCUUGCGUAUGGUACUGUAAAACUGAACGGAAAGGCUGGCAAGCAACCCACGGAUGCUGGGCGCAAGGUACUGGAUGACUUCUUUGACAGCUAUGCUUCUGGGACCAUGUUGCCUGCUCAGGGUGGGAUGGGUACGAUGGUCAUCAAUGAUGAAGGUGGCGGGUAUAGCGGCACCAUGGUGAUCAACAAAAAUGACGUCGAUGUUGGGACGAUGCGGACAAAAGUUGAGGAGGGAAGCCCAAAACGUUAUCAGCCCGCUUUCAUGAAGUAUCUUGGAAAAGGAACAGAUGCAGGAGCAUUGCAAUCCGAACCAAGUUCGUCCUAUGAAGAGUCCACAAUGAAGCCUCGCAGACCUGUCGUUACUGCAUCAUCACCCACCUCCACCCAAUCACCACGACAACCCACCACGACAACCCCGUUUGACCUCAUAAACAGCAGCAGCAGCCUCGAAAGCUUACAGGAACUUCUAGAUCUUGUUGAAACAAAUAUGGAGAAAGAGCUUGAAGCUACACGUCUAAAGUAUGAGAAAAAACGAGGACCGAUUCUAGAUGCUAUCAAUGCGAAGAAGGCGGCAUUGGGAGCUGAUGGGGGAAAUUUGGGCGUGGAGGUAUUUGGGAAAGGUUAAAUUGUACACAGGGUUAACUGGAUCGGAAUAAUGCGAAAAAGGAUGCCAUGAAUCUCCUCAUAUGAAACUAUUUCC